AUGUCAGUGGGUCAACGCACAGUGCGUGCAGGGUUGAGCGGGGCGCGGGGCGUGUCAGCGUGCGGCACAAGUGAGCUGCGGGGUAGCGGGAGGUGGGGUGGAGGUCGCGCGGGCGUUGCACCGCUGCAGCCAGUGCAGGCUCUACGGAUGGCCACUACGCACUACGAAAGCGAGGUUAGAGGAAAGAGGCCUUUCAAGAUAUGGGACAGUUCUCGGAACGUGAGAAAAGGUUUGGUGGUCACUAGUUUCGAGGAGCUUAUACACAGAGGCAAGGAGAAGUUAUCAGUAGCGGCGAGCGAGCCGGUGCGGCUGGUGCUCGAGAGCGACGGUACACAGGUAGAGGACGGCGAGUACUGGCGCACCCUUCCCCCUAAUACAGUCCUACUGCUACUGCGGCAGGGCGAGCGAUGGUAUCCCACUGGAGUCGACGUCAUCAAGGCUGCUAUAUCAGCAAUACCAAAAAUAGUAUGCGAGACAAUCCACGCCCUCGAGUUGCACGAUGAGACGCCUUCAUGGAAGAUCAUGGACAACAAGGGGCGCGUCACGGUGGUGUUGCACUGGGACCAGCGACCGCAGUCGUCACCGGCCGCUCGCUCUCCCUCGCGCCAAGCCAAGCCGGACCGGCGGCCGUCGUUGGUGAUACAGACGUCACUGGACAGGCCGCAGCCGCCGCCACCGCACAUCACCGUCGUUAACCACGACGAACCCGGCCCAGCGACACGCCGAUUGUCGCGAGCGCCUGGCUCGCUCGAGCAGCCAGCCGGUAGCGUGCACGUACACACGGCCGAGUGCCGGGCCACCAGCACAUCCCCCGCGCCCCUCGCGCGUCCUCCCCCAGACGAGUGCGACUUCCAUUGCUGUGCACUCCAUGAGGAAGGUCGACGUAUCGCUGUACACAAGAGCGUCGCCACCUCGCCAAUACAGGACGCGCAACCCCGUGCCUCACCGCAGGGUAGACCCAAAGGACACGUGAGAUUUCUCGACGCAGAAUCAGCCCGCCGUGGCGAUCGCGACUCCUCGGAAAGUGAAACAGAGAACACUCUAGUGGAGGACGAGGCAGUCACUUCGGAGAAGUUUCUAUUACUCAUAGACCAGCUCAGUGUUGACCAAAAACGUCAUCUGACCAUCAAAGAUAUCGGUAUUAUUCUCGAGCGACUAAGUUCUAAAAUCCUGGAUGUCGAAAGACUAGAUCGAGAAUCAGAAUCCGACGACUGCUACAACUGGACGAUCAAGGCCACGAUCAGAGGUGACGCGCUGCGGGAAUUAGGUGUCAUAUACAACGGGAACUACUAUGCAAUUAGCGAGCAUCCCGGUUACCGGGAGGAGAACGAGGAGGCCGGGGACGAGGGGGAGGAGGAAGAAGAGGAAGACAGACUCUGA